CGCGUCGUGACGCGACCGCGGCGAAGCAGCUGAGUGCGUGCGCCUCGAACUCCGUGGUGAGGAACUGCGAUGAGGCUGACUGUGAGGCGUCUGGUGACGGGUGUGGCUGUCAGUGCUGCCACCUGCGGCCUGCUGCUGCUGUGGUUCAGUAGAGGGAAGCCCGUGCAGGACACACACCGGCACCUGAUAGAGGCAGAAAUAGAGAACAUUCAGCGAAUAAGAAGAAUAGAGGAAGUAUGUUAUAAACACGAUCUUGGCUUGUAUAAACACACAGAUGAUCCACCAAAAUUAAUACAUCCACCUGCUCCACAGUAUGGUGUAUUCUACAUUGACAGGAAACACAAUAUAUCAUGGUGUCCCUUAUACAAAGCAGCAUCCACGACAUGGUUAUAUCACUUGUGCUUAUUGGCUGGAUAUUCGGAGGAGCAGAUAGUGAAAAGUCACAGGCAACUAAGUGAAAUUGCCAGGGAAGCUUACCCAGAGUUGGACUAUGAAGAUGCCGAAAAGGCAUUCUUGACAACACUAAAGUUGUUAGUUGUUCGUCAUCCAUUCUCAAGAAUUCUGUCUGCUUAUCGUGAUAAACUUGAGAAUAUGCAAAUUGGUGCUGAGCAUGGAACAAAACAUUACUACCUGCGCUAUGGAAGACAAAUAGUAGCCCGUUACCGACACGGAGGAAACUCGACUAAAACUAUGAGACUACUGAAACCAGGGCAGUAUAUGAGAGAUGCUGCACUACCAGAGCCUGUUGGCAUUGAACCAACAUUUGAGGAAUUUGUAAGGUACCUCCUGGACACUGACCUUUCACAGCGGGCCGACGACCACUGGAUCCCCUACUACUUGUACUGCACUCCGUGCCUCCUGAAAUACGACGUGGUGGCUAAAGUGGAGACACUGGUGCGUGACCAGGAGUUCGCCCUUCGCAGAGCAGGACUGUGGGGCCUUGUGAAGCCACAGUGGAGGCACAGAGCAGCCGUAGGGGGUGGGGUGGAGGCUGAGAGGAGGUACUUCUCGCAGCUGACAAAGGCACAAGUUGAAAGACUGUACGAGAAAUACUGGCUCGAUUUUGAACUGUUUGAUUACUCUCCAGAAAAGUAUGUCAGCUAUGCUAGGUCACAAUAACUGUUUACAAGAAAGAAAUGCUCUCCCCAAUAUUUGAUGUUGCUGACUUCCAGUUAUAUUGCAAAAUGUUUGUUUUUUGGUCAUAUCCUAACAGGCAGGAAUGCGCAACCAGCAGCAACAAAAAUAAAACAUUCUGCCACAAAAUUUAGACUCCCUUUAAUUGUACAAGGUUAUUCACAAAUACCUCCCAAGUUUCAGAAAAGAACUGUGUGAAAACUGCAAGAAGUACAGAAAAUAGACACAAGUGAGUGGAUAGAGGAUCUCUCCAAGUUUUAACACACAUUACAAGGUGCUCAGUAUCAGCAUCAUUUCUGACACAGCAAAUAUCUAUAUGAUAAUCCAAAUAUUGGCAUACACAAUCCAAAAUGACACAGUCAAUAUCUGUCUCUCCAUUAAUUAUUCUUCUUAGAAACUCUUCCAAAUUAAAUGGCAGUGGCAGCAAGGUCACACAAUAUUUGAAAUAACCCCAUAAAAAAAAAAAAAAUCACAUGGAGUGAAGUCA